AUGCUACGCUUUCAAUGUUCGCAACUUGUCGUUGAGCGCCUGGACCCUCUCGUGAAUCCUAACAGCAUCCCAUCCCCACAUCUCCAUCAGAUCGUUGGCGGAAACUCUUUUACCGCUUUCAUGCCGCCAUCCACGCAUGACCUCGUCAACGCCUCUACAUGUACCAGCUGCACCUUUUCCGAAGACUUCUCAAACUACUGGACAGCAGUCCUAUAUUUCCGCGCACGCAAUGGCACAUACAAAAGAGUCCCGCAGUUCGUUAGUGAGGGGCUCAAGGGCGAGGGAGGCAUCACCGUAUACUAUACGCCGGACACAAAGAAUCAAACAGACGUUACAGCCUUCCGGCCCGGGUUCCGCAUGCUGGUCGGCGAUGCAACAGCAACAUCUCUCUCCUCUGCGCGCAAAGUAUGCUAUCGAUGCAUGCCAGCAACUGGCGAUCACAAUCACCUUAACUGCGCAGCUCCAGAUGCUCAGACGCUUCCUACAGGGUUCUGCCCUGGUGGUAUACGCUCUGUCAUCACCUUUCCAACUUGUUGGGAUGGCAUAAACCUGGAUUCUCCAGAUCACCAGAGCCAUGUGGCUUAUGCGAACGGCUCGCUGGAAACUGAUGUUGGCCCUACGGGGAAGUGCCCAGAAAGCCAUCCUGUCACUAUACCACAAGUCAUGUAUGAGGUUAUGUGGGACACAAGGAUCUUCAAUGAUGAGGAGUUGUGGCCUGAGGAUGGAACACAGCCGUUUGUGCUUAGUACUGGAGAUCAGCACGGCUUUUCGCAGCAUGGUGACUAUGUGUUUGGCUGGAAGGACGACUCGCUCCAACACGCUAUGAAUGCGCGCUGCACCGGUGAUGCUUGUUCAGUGCUGGCGAUGCAGACUACAGAGGAGGCGAUGAGAUGUACUAUACCACGGACUGUUGAUGAGAACAUUGAUGGAUGGUUGACCGAACUUCCGGGAGGCCUCAUGGGGAUGUGA